AUUGCCACCAAAUCAACACUACCAGUAACAACAACAAUUUCAACAACACGAACAACAACAGCCCCGCCGAAAUCAACGACAAUAACAACAACAACAACAACAACAUCAGUAACGACAACAACAACAAUAACUACGACCACUACUCGGCAGUCAGAAUGGUCUAAAACUGGUAAUCUAAAUCAUCAACGACGGUCACAUGCAGCAUGCAUAUUACCAAACGAAAAAGUACUAGUUACUGGUGGAUUCGACCAUGGUGUUCUAUAUAAUGGUGAAUUGUAUGAUCCAUCAGCAGAAAAUUGGACAAUUAUUAGUAGCAUGAAACAUGCACGAGGUGAACACACAGCAUCCGUACUAAAAAAUGGAAAAGUAUUAGUUACUGGUGGUCUUUCUGGUCAUGAAUUUUUGAAUAGUGCUGAAUUAUAUAAUUCAUCAGCAGAUACUUGGACAACUACUAGUAGUAUGAAUAAUGCACGAGCCGAACACGUAACAUCCGUAUUAACAAACGGAAAAGUGCUAGUUACUGGUGGAGCAGACGCAAAUGGCCAGUGGACGAAUAGUGUUGAGUUAUAUGAUCCAUCGACAGAGAUCUGGUCAAAUACUGGUAGUAUGAAUAGUGCACGGGGUGCACACACAUUAUCUGUAUUAACAAAUGGAACAGUGUUAGUUACUGGUGGACAUAUUAGUAUUUAUGCUUUAAAUAGUGCUGAACUGUAUGAUCCAUCGACAGAGACUUGGACAACUACUGAUAACAUGAUUUUUGGACGAGAAAAACACACAGCAUCCGUACUAGGGAAUGGAAAAGUAUUAGUUACUGGUGGAUUUAAUGGUACUAGUGCGUUAGAUGAUGUUGAGUUGUACGAUCCAUCGACUGGAAUAUGGACAACUGUUGAUAGUAUGAAUACUCCACGAUUUGGCCAUACAGCAUCCAUAUUAUCAAAUGGAAAAGUGUUAGUUGCUGGCGGAGCUUAUCACAAUGCUUUAGAUAGUACUGAAUUGUAUGAUCCAUCAACAGACACUUGGACAACUAUCGGUAACAUGAAUGAUGCACGAAUUGAGCAUACAGCAUCCGUAUUAACGAAUGGAAAAGUAUUAGUUACUGGUGGAGAGUAUAAACAACAACUACAGCGACUACAACAACAACAACAACAACCACAACAACUACAAAAACAACUUCAACGUCAAGUACUACAUCCACAUCUUCGACUAGUACAACAACAACAACAACUACAAAAACAACUUCAACAACAAGUACUACAUCCACGUCGUCGACUAGUACAACAACAAC